GGAACAAGACCUCGCGGGCGCGCACCUGCAGACGAACCAGAUGCAAAAAAUCAUGGAGAAGCCAGAAAUUGAGCAGCAGUUGAAGAAGUGCGAGGACGAACUGCUUUCGAUGGAGGCGGACAUGCGGGAACAGCAGAACAUCGCAAAACACUCGGAGGAGCGGGCGGAAAACCGAAACGUGCUGACCACAGCCGACAAGUCGGAAAUGACCGCCAGGCAGAAAGCCCGGGCAAGGCUGAAGGCGAAUCGGAAGUGAUUGGAUUCAUCACAUUCUGGUCGUGAUAAAUGAUUUCUUGUCGUGGGCCGCCAAAGAGUUUUUGCGUAAUUAUACUGUAGAAUAAUUUAGUACAACAUCUUCGACAGCGCAAGACCAAGACAAGAUCUAGCUGCACCAGCCUUGCGAAGAACACUCGAAAACAUCAGCAGGUUCUUUCGAGUUUGUAUAAAAUCGAUAUAAUUUCAUAUCAAUAAAUCGAUGUCACUACAUCAAUCAGAAUCGCUGUCGCCGACAUUAUUUGGGCGGAAACUUACCUACGGAGAACGUUGCCGCUGCACGCGCAGAGAUACUUUGGAUGACCGGAAACACGAGGCCGCUACUUCUCUUAUCCCAAAGAAAAAAGCCGACAGGUCAGAAAAAAAGUAAUUAAAUAAUAACUGUCAUUGUCAACAAUAAAAGCAAAACAAAACAACAAAAAAAAUUGCCGCCAUACCAUGCGGAUUAGCUUCAGGACAGAUCAGCAAUCCGCGCGAAUCACGGUGGGACUGUUAUUGUCAACAAUAAAAGCAAAACAAAACAACAAGAAUAAACUGCCGCCAUACCAUUCGGAUUAGCUUCAGGACAGAUCAGCAACCCGCGCGAAUCAGGGCGGGACGGCGAUCGCCUGCUUUUUUUAUUUUUGCGACGAAUUUCGCCCAUUCGCGCCAUACCGUGCGGGCUGGGUUUCGUAGGGGGUUGCCGGGCUGGGUUUCGUAGGGGGUUGCCGGUUUCGCCAAUCCGCACGGCACGGCGCCCGCAGUCGGUUUUGCGGCUUUUGCGGAUUUCCUAUGUUCGCGCCAUAGCGUGCGGGCUGGCUUUCUGGCGAAGCUGCCGGCUUCGCGAAUCCGCACGGCACGGCGGUCGCGGUUAGUUUUUUAAAUUUUGGCGAGUUUUUUUGUUUCGCGCCAUACCGUGCGGGCUGGGCUUCGUACGGGGUUGCCGGUUUCGCCAAUCCGCACGGCACGGCGUCCGCCGUCGGUUUUGCGACUUUUUGCAAAUUUUUGCUGUUCGCGCCAUAGCGUGCGGGCUGGCUUUCUGGCGAAGCUGCCGGCUUCGCAAAUCCGCAUGGCGCGGCGGCCGCGGUUAGUUUUGUGAAUUUUGGCGAUUUUUUUUCUUUCGCGCCCUACCGCGCGGGCUGGGCUUCGUAAGAGGUUGCCGGCUUCGCCAAUCCGCACGGCACGGCGCCCGCAGUCGGUUUUGGGACUUUUGGCGAAUUUCCUUUGUUCGCGCCAUACCGUGCGGGCUGGCUUUCUGGCGAAGCUGCCGGCUUCGCGAAUCCGCACGGCACGGCGGCCGCAAUUAAUUUUGUAAAUUUUGUCGGGUUUUUUCCUUUCGCGCCAUACCGUGCGGGCUGGCCUUCGGGCGAAGUUGCCGGCUUCGCGCAUCCGCAUGGAACGGCGGCCGCAAUUAGUUUUGCGAAUUUUGGCGAGUUUUUUGCCUUCACGCCAUACCGUGCGGGCUGGCGGUCGCAAGAGGGUGCCGGCGUCGCGAAUCCGCACGGCACGGCGAUCGCAAUUAUCGCUCCAAAAUAGGAAGGCAGGAGCUUGGAAACCGUCGAAGAUUUUGCCAGCUUUGCGAAUGUUCCCGAAUGUCCGGAGUCGCCGGAUUCAGAGGCGGCGAGGCGUCAAACCCUCGCCAAGCUUUUCAACUUUUGGGAAUGCCAAAAAUGCGACCCCCUCCUCUAUCUGCGGAAGCUGGCAUACUUCAAGCAAAUUGCUCCCGCUUCUGGUAAUUUUUGCCGAGUUCGUCCGCGGAUACUUUCGAAUAUUCGGAAUCGCUUCAAAAUAGGCAGGCAGGAGUUUGGAAACUGUCGAAGGUUUUGCCAGCUUUUCGAAUAUUCCCGAAUAUUCGGAAUCGCCGGAAUCAGAGGCGGCGAGACUUCAAAUCCUUGCCAAGUUUUUCAACAAUUGGGAAUGCCAAAAAUGCGACCCCCGCCUCUAUCUGCGGAAACUGACAUACUCAAAAUAAAUUACUUCCUCUUCUGGAAAUUUUUGCCGAGUUCGUCCGCGGAUACUUUCGAAUAUUCGGAAUCGCUUCAAAAUAGGCAGGCAGGAGUUUGGAAACUGUCGAAGGUUUUGCCAGCUUUUCGAAUAUUCCCGAAUAUUCGGAAUCGCCGGAAUCAGAGGCGGCGAGACUUCAAAUCCUUGCCAAGUUUUUCAACAAUUGGGAAUGCCAAAAAUGCGACCCCCGCCUCUAUCUGCGGAAACUGACAUACUCAAAAUAAAUUACUUCCUCUUCUGGAAAUUUUUGCCGAGUUCGUCCGCGGAUACUUUCGAAUAUUCGGAAUCGCUUCAAAAUAGGCAGGCAGGAGUUUGGAAACUGUCGAAGGUUUUGCCAGCUUUUCGAAUAUUCCCGAAUAUUCGGAAUCGCCGGAAUCAGAGGCGGCGAGACUUCAAAUCCUUGCCAAGUUUUUCAACAAUUGGGAACGCCAAAAAUGCGACCCCCGCCUCUAUCUGCGGAAACUGACAUACUCAAAAUAAAUUACUUCCUCUUCUGGAAAUUUUUGCCGAGUUCGUCCGCGGAUACUUUCGAAUAUUCGGAAUCGCUUCAAAAUAGGCAGGCAGGAGUUUGGAAACUGUCGAAGGUUUUGCCAGCUUUUCGAAUAUUCCCGAAUAUUCGGAAUCGCCGGAAUCAGAGGCGGCGAGACUUCAAAUCCUUGCCAAGUUUUUCAACAAUUGGGAAUGCCAAAAAUGCGACCCCCGCCUCUAUCUGCGGAAACUGACAUACUCAAAAUAAAUUACUUCCUCUUCUGGAAAUUUUUGCCGAGUUCGUCCGCGGAUACUUUCGAAUAUUCGGAAUCGCUUCAAAAUAGGCAGGCAGGAGUUUGGAAACUGUCGAAGGUUUUGCCAGCUUUUCGAAUAUUCCCGAAUAUUCGGAAUCGCCGGAAUCAGAGGCGGCGAGACUUCAAAUCCUUGCCAAGUUUUUCAACAAUUGGGAACGCCAAAAAUGCGACCCCCGCCUCUAUCUGCGGAAACUGACAUACUCAAAAUAAAUUACUUCCUCUUCUGGAAAUUUUUGCCGAGUUCGUCCGCGGAUACUUUCGAAUAUUCGGAAUCGCUUCAAAAUAGGCAGGCAGGAGUUUGGAAACUGUCGAAGGUUUUGCCAGCUUUUCGAAUAUUCCCGAAUAUUCGGAAUCGCCGGAAUCAGAGGCGGCGAGACUUCAAAUCCUUGCCAAGUUUUUCAACAAUUGGGAACGCCAAAAAUGCGACCCCCGCCUCUAUCUGCGGAAACUGACAUACUCAAAAUAAAUUACUUCCUCUUCUGGAAAUUUUUGCCGAGUUCGUCCGCGGAUACUUUCGAAUAUUCGGAAUCGCUUCAAAAUAGGCAGGCAGGAGUUUGGAAACUGUCGAAGGUUUUGCCAGCUUUUCGAAUAUUCCCGAAUAUUCGGAAUCGCCGGAAUCAGAGGCGGCGAGACUUCAAAUCCUUGCCAAGUUUUUCAACAAUUGGGAACGCCAAAAAUGCGACCCCCGCCUCUAUCUGCGGAAACUGACAUACUCAAAAUAAAUUACUUCCUCUUCUGGAAAUUUUUGCCGAGUUCGUCCGCGGAUACUUUCGAAUAUUCGGAAUCGCUUCAAAAUAGGCAGGCAGGAGUUUGGAAACUGUCGAAGGUUUUGCCAGCUUUUCGAAUAUUCCCGAAUAUUCGGAAUCGCCGGAAUCAGAGGCGGCGAGACUUCAAAUCCUUGCCAAGUUUUUCAACAAUUGGGAACGCCAAAAAUGCGACCCCCGCCUCUAUCUGCGGAAACUGACAUACUCAAAAUAAAUUACUUCCUCUUCUGGAAAUUUUUGCCGAGUUCGUCCGCGGAUACUUUCGAAUAUUCGGAAUCGCUUCAAAAUAGGCAGGCAGGAGUUUGGAAACUGUCGAAGGUUUUGCCAGCUUUUCGAAUAUUCCCGAAUAUUCGGAAUCGCCGGAAUCAGAGGCGGCGAGACUUCAAAUCCUUGCCAAGUUUUUCAACAAUUGGGAGCGCCAAAAAUGCGACCCCCGCCUCUAUCUGCGGAAACUGACAUACUCAAAGUAAAUUACUUCCUCUUCUGGAAAUUUUUGCCGAGUUCGUCCGCGGAUGCUUUCGAAUAUUCGGAAUCGCUUCAAAAUAGGCAGGCAGGAGUUUGGAAACUGUCGAAGGUUUUGCCAGCUUUUCGAAUAUUCCCGAAUAUUCGGAAUCGCCGGAAUCAGAGGCGGCGAGACUUCAAAUCCUUGCCAAGUUUUUCAACAAUUGGGAGCGCCAAAAAUGCGACCCCCGCCUCUAUCUGCGGAAACUGACAUACUCAAAGUAAAUUACUUCCUCUUCUGGAAAUUUUUGCCGAGUUCGUCCGCGGAUGCUUUCGAAUAUUCGGAAUCGCUUCAAAAUAGGCAGGCAGGAGUUUGGAAACUGUCGAAGGUUUUGCCAGCUUUUCGAAUGUUCUCGAAUAUUCGGAAUCGCCGGAAUCAGAGGCGGCGAGGCUUCAAAUCCUUGCCAAGUUUUUCAACAAUUGGGAGUGCCAAAAAUGCGACCCCCGCCUCUAUCUGCGGAAACUGACAUACUUAAAAUAAAUUACUUCCUCUUCUGGAAAUUUUUGCCGAGUUCGUCCGCGGAUACUUUCGAGUAUUCGGAAUCGCAUCAAAAUAGGCAGGCAGGAGUUUGGGAAGUGCCGAAGGUUUUGCCAGCUUUUCGAAUAUUCCGAAUAUUCUCGAAUAUUCGGAAUCGCCGGAAUCAGAGGCGGCGAGAAUAGAAAUCCUUGCCAGGUUUUUCAACGCUUGGGAAUGCCAAAAGUGCGGCCCCCAUCUCUAUCUGCGGAAGCUGACAUACUUAAAAUUAAUAUAUUGCUUCGCCCUCUGGAAGUUUUGCCGAGUUCGUCCGCGGAUACUUCCGAAUAUUCGGAAUCGCCCGAAUCAGAGGCGGCGAGGCUUCAAAUCCUUGCCAAGUUUUUCAACGCUUGGGAAUGCCAGAGAUGGUAUGGCGCGAAAAAAAAAACCCGCCAAAAUUUACAAAACUAAUUUCGGCCGCCGUGCCGCGCGGAUUCGCGAAGCCGGCAGCUUCACCAGAAAGCCAGCCCACACGCUAUGGCGCGAACAAAGAAAAUCCGCCAAAAGUCGCAAAACCGACUGCGGGCGCCGUGCCGUGCGGAUUGACGAAGCCGGCAACCUCUUACGAAGCCCAUGGCGCGAAAGGAAAAAACCCGCCAAAAUUUACAAAACUAAUUGCGGCCGCCGCGCCGUGCGGAUUUGCGAAGCCGGCAGCUUCGCCAGAAAGCCAGCCCGCGCGGUAUGGCGCGAGCAAAGGAAAUUCGCCAAAAGUCGCAAAACCGACUGCGGGCGCCGUGCCGUGCGGAUUGGCGAGGCCGGCAACCUCUUACGAACCUGCACGGUAAAGCGCAAAUGGGAAAACUCGCGGAAAUUUACAAAAAUAAUUGCGGCCGCCGUGCCGUGCGGAUUCGCGAAGCCGGCAGCGUCGCCAGAAAGCCAGCCCGCACGGUAUGGCGCGAACAUAGAAAAUUCGCCAAAAGUCGCGAAACCACUUGCGGGCGCCUUGCCAUGCGGUUUGGCGAAUUCGGCAAACUCUUACGAAGCCCAGCCCGCACGGUAUGACGCGGAACAAAAAAGCUCGCCAAAAUUUGCAAAACUAAUUGCGACAGCCGUGCCGUGCGGAUUCGCGAAGCCGGCAGCUUCACCAGAAAGCCAGCCCGCACGCCAUGGCGCGAACGUAAAAAAUUUGCAAAAAAUGGCGAGACCGACUGCGGGCGCCGUGCCGUGCGGAUUGGCGAAACCGGCAACCCCUUACGAACCCCAGCCCGCACGGCAUGGCGCGAAUAAGCGAAAUUCGCCACAGAAAUGAUUUAGGCGGGCGAUCACCGUCCCACCGUGAUUCGCGCGGAUUGCUGAUCUAUCCUGAAGCUAAUCCGCAUGGUAUGGCGGCAAUUUUUUUUGUGGUUUUUUUUUGCUUUUAUUGUUGACAAUAACAGUUAUUAUUUAAUUAUUUUUUUUCUGACCUGUCGGCUUUUUUCUUUGGGAUAUCUCUUAGUUUGUACAAGAGCCACAACGUCGAAAGUCGACUUCGCCAUGAGCGUCGUCACUUAAACACAUCGACAUCCACAUGCAUUCCUAUUCGUAGUCCCUGCUGCUUGCGGCACAAACGUAAUAUUCUUUCACCGCAGGAUGAGGGGAAGACGAAACAUUACCAAUCGGUUUUCAUUUUCAAAAAACGAGGACCUGCUCGAGAGGAACUCCUUGCUGGUACUCUUUAUUGAGUAGCGCACCGAGUUUGUUUCGUAUACUACAAUCUUUCACACGGUACAAUCCAAUAUGCAUUUUUCAAAUCUUCAAUUAAAGUUUGCAAGCUGGCGAGUUGUAGACAGCAUAUUUACUGUUAGCAACAUUAUAGCAAUGUACAACAACUUGGACGGUACCAGAGUUGAUGGUGGAGACGUAAAAACGGACGAGACAGCCCCGAACACAUGAAAUGUGUGGUUUUGGCGAGACCGAGAGCUUGAUGUUGAGGCAGUAGUAGAGCAAAUUUUGACCAUUACUCAGCGUCAGCGUACAUCACGACUACAAAGUACAACAGCAAGUACACUACGUUUUCUUUUGUUGCAUGUUUUGCAUGUGCAGCUUUCGCCAUUGUGGCUUUCGAAGAUCAUGAGCUUGCUGCAGGACGACACGAUGAAGAUUUUGCCGUGUGCUUGAUUCCACACAGUUAGCUAAAUGACAUAACCCAGAGCUGCAGGCAUUUUGCUAUUGGAUUUGAGCAGGAGCACCCGCAUUGUUUUCGAACAAUUUUCACGUAUUCGAAAUGAGAUUGACCUCGAGGAUUGAUGGCCUACGCCUAUCGUAAAGGGAAACAAUACGUAAGUUGUACUAGAUUUCAUGGUUGUAUAUCACACGCAUAUGAAUAUCAUCACGAAGCAUUCAAG